UAGCAUGAUGCAUUUCAUUAGCCAUGCCUAACAUGUAAUAUUGGUAGCAGCAAAUAUACUCGGUGUAAAACGCGUUUAGGACUACAGUGGAAAAAAGUCGCGAAAUUUUCAAAAACUUGGUCGUUACGCGGGCUGCCUUCUCCGCUUCGCUAUAAUCACAAUGGAGCCACCGAAAUCCACGACUAAUGAUCAGAAUGGUCUUGGAAAACGAGCGAAAAAACUCAAUAUGCUUUUUGAAAAAUACAUAGAACGAAUAAUACAGUCUGUCAGUUACGCCAAAUUCGCAAUAUGCUUCAGCGAACUAGAUGAACAGCAACACGAGGCUCUGGUUAUGGCACAUCAACAAGUUUGCGAAUAUCUUGAAAAAUCUAUACGGGAGGAUUUCCACAGUAUAUUGGUUGAACGACAGUUGAUAGAGAAAUUAAACGAACUGGACAAACUAGUGGAGGAAGCAAAACGAAAUAAUACAGCAGAAGCCAGGAGGUCGGGAGCAGGGGUUGUUGUUGAACCGGAACAAGCAUUACGUGCCCGGAGUGUACCUUUAAAGCAAGCGGAAAUUGAGCGGUUACGGAAGCAGCAUGCUGAGCUGCAAGGACAAAAUCAAGACCUUAUGAAAAGCAUUGUCAACCAAAGAGAUCAAUUGGCGGGACUAUGUAAUAAUGUAUCACAAUCAUUGGGGCAAUUUGAGCAGGCUGUUGAGACCGCUUCGGUCAUGGCGGACUCACGUGAUCGCACCUGAGGUGAUCCUAAUUGGUAACCACUGCCAAAAUUGCGAUUGUUUUCCAUAAUUUUUUUUUUCUUAUUCACUGUCUUUGUAAGCUUAAC